GCUUCUUUUUUGUUUUCUGUACAACGAACGUCAAAUUAAAUGUCGAUUCUGCAUUGUCAAUUAGAUAGCGGUCUGUCCCCGCCAUCUUUAUACCAGACCUUAGGUGCUUUUAGUUAUGUACAGCAAUUACCAACCGUCAAGUUGAGUUUACAUUCGGCGAUUUCGGUUGACUGAUGAAUUUAGUGUCACAGAGAUAAUAACAAACAAAAAAAAAUUGAAAAUGUCCAAAACACGAGAACGCUGUGGUGUACCUGGAUGCAGUAGUCGUGGAAAUGAUUACAAUGAUAUUAGUUUUCACUCGUUUCCACUGCCCAAUCAACACCAAAUUACAAGUAAAUAUUUUUCUGGCCCAAUAGACAAAUAUGAAGCAUGGAAACAAUGUUUACGGGUAUCAGAAAUCAAGCCACCAAAAAUGAAAGUAUGUUCAUUACAUUUUAAAAAAGAAGACUAUAUAUUACCUGAUAUGCCAACCUUGCGGAAAAGGUUAUACAAAAAUGCUGUUCCAUCAUUAAAUUUGCCUCAUAACUUAGAAUUAAAGACAGUACCAAAGAAAAAAACAAUUCAGAUGCAUAGUUUUGAUCACACAUAUACAACUGCUGCUCCAAGUGUUGUAGAAAAACAACCAGGUUUCAUUUUUCCACCAUUUGAAUUUAUCAAAAUAGAAGGUAAUUAUCUUAAACACAAAGACGAUGAUGAGGUUGAUUUCCUGAAAGACCCUGUAAAGGCUCUUAUGAACAAAAGUUCAAAAACUCCGAUUUAUAUGUUUAGUGAUGCUUUAACAACUGAUGCAAAAUUAUGCCAUGCUACUGGAAUUUCUAGACUAGAAAUUUUAGAUGCUAUUGUUAGUAAAGUUCAAAAGUUGUGUGGUGAUACAUUUGAAUCUAGAAAAAUAAAAACUAAAGAAAGGAUCAUUUUAACAUACACUAAACUUAGGCAUAAUUUGUCAUAUAGAUUAUUGGCACUUAUGUUUUCAUGUGUAUCAGAUACAUCUUGUAAAAAAAUUUUCCUUGACACAAUAGGAAUUCUAAACAGGUGCUUGGUUAAGCCAUCACAGCAGGGCCAAGAAACACAUAAAGUUUUACCAUCAAUUCAGUCAGAUGUAAUAAAUACAGAAAAUUCAGAAAAAAGUGUCAAACUUGAUAAUAAACGUAUUAUGACUUGGUCCAUAGUAAAAGAUAAAAUGUCAGCAUCCGUGCAAACUAAAGCUGAUGAAAUUUGUAAUGUACUCAAUGCAACAGUCGAUCUUAAUUCAUCUAUAUCACAUAAAACUGGUUCAUAAACACUGUCUGAAAUCAAUUAAAUCAAAAUAGUUAUUUAUGAAUGUUAUAUAUUUGUAAAAAUAUUUUUUAAGA